AUAAUAUUUUUAGGUAUGAUGGGCUACUUGCGGUUAGUUUUAACAGCCUGGUUGGUUACCAUGGUGACAGCUCGCAACGAGGACUCCUGUAACGGGCGUGUCAUCAAAGGUUGCACAUUGAACCUCACAGCAUCUUCAUUAACAGUGUUGCCAACAUACAUGAAUAGAAAUACCUGCACGAUUGUCGCAUGUCACAAUAAGCUGUCUGUUCUGAAUAACACAACAUUCAACGCGACAGGGGAUCUUAAAGAAAUUAUACUUAGGUAUAAUGAAAUCCGUAAGUUGGAGACUGGAACAUUCAAAUCUCUUCAUAAACUUCAACACAUCGAUUUGGGUUACAAUCAUAUUGAGUAUGUCGAUGAAAGAUUGUUCAGCAACAAUAACCUGUACAAACUUAAUUUGGAGCAUAAUUAUAUUAGUACAAUAAAUCCGAAUAUGAUGAUGUAUGCCAUUGACAUUUGGAAAAUAGUAAUCAGGGGUAACAAAAUCAUAAAACUUGAAGCACACACGUUCUCAAAUACUUCUGCUAUAGUGGAGAUAGACAUUUCGAGAAAUGAGAUAAUUGAUUUAGAUCCAAAGAUAUUUCAACAGAACAGAAGGAUAAGUAAACUGGAUAUGAGCAGUAAUAGGAUUUCGAGACUUCAUCCUAAUAUCUUCAAAUCAGCUCAUUUUAUGAUGUGUUUGAACAUAAGUCACAAUAGAAUUGUGUCUCUUGAAGCAUACCUGUUCAGCAGUAACAUCCAUCUGCAGAACUUAGACUUAAGUAACAAUGCUAUUAAACAUGUCGACACGAACAUUUUCAAGAACAACAGUAGACUAGAAAUUCUGAACAUGAGUAACAAUAAUCUCAGCUCAAUAAAUGACGCCAUUUUCUCUCACAAUCCUACUAUCAUUUCAGUAGACAUCAGUCACAACAAUAUCCGUUAUAUUCAUCCUGAAACUUUUCGAACGAACAAAAAACUUUCAAUUUUGAAAAUGAGGGAAAACAGAUUAUUUUAUUUGGAUGAUCAAAUAUUCUUCCAUAACAACAAACUUAAGGUUAUUCACUUUAGUAAUAACGAAAUUACAGCCAUUCCUUCAAAGAUUUUCACAACAAACACUGAAAUCCAAAGCAUAAACCUAAGUACCAACCGUAUCACACAAAUUUCCCCAGGCACUUUUGACACCAACAAAAAUAUUAUUGAUGUUGAUCUCAGCCAUAACAAAAUAAAAGUAUUAGACAGUAAUAUAUUUUCAGAGACCCAAAUUAAGACAUUGAAUCUUCGUGGAAAUACGCUGACAAUGAAAGGAGGUGUGCCUUUACUGAGAGCACCUGUUCUAGAGAAUCUUGACUUGGGUUCAUGUGGAAUCACCACGUUAUCACCUGAAACGUUUCAUGAUAUGUUACAUCUAAAGGAACUGAAGAUGGAUAAGAACUGUUUGAGUCUUCCUAUCGAACCUGACACAGAAAACAAUAUAUUCAGCAAACUACAUGAGUUGUCGAAGCUGGAUCUCUCUAGCAACAAAAUAACUGUUAUGAACUCAACUUUGUUUCAUGGCAUGAAUAAUUUAAAACUACUGAAUUUGUCAUUUAAUCCUGUAUUAUGUGACGACUGUAAAAUGGAAGAUAAAUGUAUUCAGUUUCGUGCUUGGUGUAGUUCCAGAAGUGACCACUGUGGUGAAACUUGUAGCGCAGAAGUAUCUGCGUCACAAGGGAACAGUGCUAAUAACACAUUUGUGAGUGAAGACUUGUCGCAUAGUAACUUGAAUACAAGUUCUCUCAAUAUUUCGAGUCGCAGGCAAGACAUUAAGGUCCAUAAGAAGAAAGAAGUGGACAGCGACAAGAUUAUAUCGAGAGACCAAGACAGUUCUCUUGUACUUUAUUUGUCUUUGGGUGUCUGUUUAACCUCGAUUGCGAUUGUGGUUGGCCUGGCCAUCACCUUCAUCAGAAGAAAAAGGCGUAGACGUAAUGGCGGAUACUUGUAAUCAGAAUUUAUUUAAAUGUGCAUCUAAUCACUCCCGGUCAAGGAAG